AUGCCCAGCCUACUCAUUCUCUUCUUCAUGAUCUUCUUUCUCCUGGAGUCUAUGGCAGGAAUCAUAGAAAAUGGUUUCAUCAUCAUAGUGCUGGCCAGGGAGUGGGUGCGAUGUUGGACCCUGCCUCCUGGGGACAUGAUCCUGGUCAGCCUGGGCAUUUCUCGCUUCUUUCUACAGUGGGCAACAGUUCUUAGCAACUUUUAUAGAUAUUUCUUCCCAAAUAACAGAAGGUUAUACAUGAUCAUGUUCUGGAAUUUUACUAGUGUGACCACAUUCUGGUUCACCACCUGGCUUGCUGUUUUCUACUGUGUGAAAAUUUCUUUCUUCACUCACCCAAUCUUCCUCUGGCUGAAGUGGAGAAUUUCCCGAUAUGUCCCCUGGCUACUGUUGUGGUCCCUACUGAUAUCCACAUUGAUAUUGAUCCCAUCUUUUCUAAAGAUCUAUCAACUGCCAGUCACUGGGAAUUACUCAGAAAAGACCACUUUGGAUAAUAUAAGAGCAUUACAUAUGAAUUUUUACCUGCCCCUAAUAAUGUUGUUUUUGUUAGUUCCUUUCCUCUUCUUCCUUGUCUCCACUAUCUUACUCAUUUCCUCCCUGUGCCUACACUUUAGGAACAUGCAGCACCAUAGUGCUGGUCCUCAGGAUCCAAGUAUGCAGGUCCACAUUACAACCCUGAAGUCACUCUUCUUCUUUCUCAUCCUCUAUACAUCGUUCGUUCUAUCUCUGAUCACUGCCAUUGUAGCACCUAUUUCAAUUUGCAGUCCUGGGUUUUGGGUAUGGGAGGUAGUGACUUAUGCUGGCAUCUCCAUCCAUCCUGCCUUCCUGAUCCUAAACAGCGCAAAACUGAGAAGGGCUCUGAAGAAGAUGCUGCAUGACCCAGAGGCUGCCUGA